CCAUACAACAAGCAGGUGGUACCAAACCACGACUUUCCGGCAAGAAUCGCAUAGACGUUAGCAACUGAGAGCGGCCAUAAGAAGAGAAGCUCAUGCCAAACGAGUCCAACUAAGAAAUGCGGCUUCUCCAUGAGCAAGUAAUCUCCGAAAUCGGCAAUGUACUUGCUUUUCAGAUCGGUGAGAAACGCCGGGUAGAUUCCUGAAGGAAGUGAGGUUUGGCCGUCGAUGAGCGGCGCAAUUAUCGCCAUUGAAGCGAAGUAUACGAAGAGAGCUCCGUCGAUUAGCUUCCCUAAAGCUCCCAUCUUUUCUUCCUUCUCUGAUUGAUUGAUUACUCUGCUUCAAAUCUUAAGUUCUGAGAGUCGUUGACUGGAAAAAACCUAGAAGAAGAAAGAUCAAAUUAUUCAAUUAUUGGUUUACGUAACCGAACUAAUAAACCGGGUUCGGUUCAAUUAAGUGGUUAAAUUUAAGAUUUGAUUUCAAUUUUCCAACAUUGAGAUUUCAGCAGCAGCAAGAGAAAGAUGAGCGAGACGAGACCAGUGCCGAGGAGAGAGAGUCCAUGGGGGUUACCGGAAGGUCACCGUGAGCCCAAAGCUCACCGCUGCAACGAUCGUGUCGAGGACGUUGUCCAGGCGUUUUUCGAGGGAAACCCAUUCAAGACAGUUCCAGGACCUUUCAAACUCUUCUACAGAUGCAUGCGUUCUAAGCCAGGAGAGGAACCAACAGAGCCAUUCAAAUACCUCGAUCUGGAACCUCCAAAGAGGGAAGUUAAACUUGAAGAAGCAAAGCUUGAGUAAAGUGAUAUUCACUCCCUUUUUUAUUCUUGCAAACUUUUUAGCUGAGCAUGUAAGCGCCAUGACUGUGAUUUUAAGUUUACCUUCAACAUGUGUCAACAACAUCUUAUUUUGUCAUAACAAAAUUGAUACUUGGGAGUUUCAUUUCAAUUUUAUCUAUUGCUAAAUCUGUUCA